AUGGCCAUUCUUAUGUUCUUGUGGCUGUACGGUUUUACUAUACUCAAUAAUAUUAAAAAAGAGUUCGAGUCCCUUUGGUGCUGCAGCCAAUCGGAUUUUGAGGCCGGCAGUGGGGUGGGACGAGAGGUUCCGGGUCAGGGGGCGGGCCAGGGAGCCACGUGCGGUGGCGGCGGCGGUGGACCUCGGUGCGGGAGGAUGAGUUCCCAGAGGGGGAACGUGGCCCGCUCACGGCCCCAGAGACAUCAGAACUCGCGAGUUUUCAAAAAUGACAAGUAUGACACAAGCGCCCAGCGCAAGAAAAUCAAUGCAAAGCUUCAUGAUGGAGUGUGUCAGCGCUGUAAGGAGGUCUUGGAGUGGCGUGUAAAAUUCAGCAAAUACAAACCACUAUCAAAACCGAAGAAAUGUGUGAAGUGCCUCCAAAAGACUGUAAAGGAUUCUUACCAUAUUAUUUGUAGAUCUUGUGCUUGUGAAUUAGAAGUCUGUGCUAAAUGUGGAAAGAAAGAAGAAAUUGUAGUUCUGAUCAGUAAAGGACCAGAGAAGAUGGAGAAUGAGACUACUGGAAAUUGCCAAAGAAAGAUCAGUAGAAGAGAAGAGUCAGAGGAAAGUGAUGAACUGGAUUUUGACAUUGACUUAGAUGGCAUGGACGAGAAGAAUCCUGACAUGCUUGAGGAACAUUUUAAAAAUAUGAAGUUUGAAAGGACAGAAGUCUGAAACUGUUCCUGUAGAAUCUUUAUAUGAAAGGCUAAAGUUCUAAUCUGGAGACUGUACAACUGAAGAAAAAAAAGUCAAAGUGAUACCUACCUAGUAUUUCCACUAUGACAGUUAAGUCUGACAUUUGAGUACUUAACACACUAAAAUAAAUGGAACAUUUAUAUUAGAAUUUUCUCUCAAAAAAUCUUUAUGCAAGAGUGGGAUUCCACAAUAAAAAAAAUUGUCAAUUUCUGGUAUACAGGGAGUCAUGGAGCCUUUCCACUCCCAGGUCAUUGGUUUUAAAAAUCAUCCUGAUUGGAAGUGUCAAACUCACUGUCAUGUGGUAACUAUUCUGUUUGUGCAAAGUGAGUUACAGAUCUCAGGCCAAAAUAUUAUGGACAAAUGGCCGUAUCACAGGAAGGAAAGUUGAACUGUCAAAAAUAAUGCUAAUGAAUGAUUCUGGAGACUAAGCUACUCUCUUAGUCAUGCUAAUAUGCUCCAGAACAGGGUUCUACAGAGUACUGCCACAACCCCCACGCUUGCUGCUCAUUUCGUGUGUAAAUAGAGGAUCUGAAUGCUGUUAUCAUGUGAUGAAGUAGGGGAUUUUUUUGUAUUUUUUUUGUGGUUUUCCAAUGGUCUGCAUGCAGAGGGAGUGGGUCUCAGUGUCCCUGGGUGUUACUGGUUUAACAGGGUGAGGGGAGGGGGAGUUUUUGUUGUUACAGAGGACCGGAGAGGGAACUUGAGACCCCAGCUGGUGGCCUGGAGGAGGGACACCCCAGCAGCUGGUGACCUGAGGGCCCAGAGACCCAGCUCAGUAGUUGCAGCUGGUUCUGGCCAGUGGGAGGACAAUGGGCUGCAAAGAGAGGACCCCAUGACCUAACCAGCCCGUUUCAGCCAGAGGAGGAAGGAGAGGAGAGGAGGCCCAGACGACCCUGUUUACCUGGAAAGACAGUGGACAGAGGCAGGGCCUGGGGCUGAUGAUAUCCGAUGCCCAGCUGGGAAGCAAAGGCAUUCGGGGCUGGAGAGAGGAGGCAGGCAGGGCCAACCUGGAUGCAGGGAAGACGGGGAAUGUGCUGGGCUGAGGGAGGCCAGGCUUGAGAAUCAGAGAGUUUCCUGUGCUGUGUUCAAUGCUCAAUAAACCCUCCUGUUUUAUGCUGGCUGAGUGUGUCACUCCGGUCUAGAGAACAAGGUUGCAUCAACCCCUUUGGGGGGGUGGAGGCCCCGGGGGCCCAGAGCGAGUGGACUCCCUGAGGGGGCCCAUGGCGAGAGACAGACGUGCUAAGGCUCAAAGAGAUGUGGCUCCGGGAGGUGGAGGGGCCUGACCCCAAGAGAGUAGACCCCUGGGAAAAGGGCUCUCUCACUGAAAGGAUUUCCCCCGCAUGAGGCCAAGAGUGGGUACGAUCUGUGAGUCCAUGACAUAUGGUACCUCUCAUAAGCAACAGUACUUCAAUUCAAGUCAUGUCAUUAACAUUUAAAGUGUUAAGAUUCCCCCACAUGCCUACUGUUUUUUGUUAGUGUAUAGUUUGUUUCACACAACUGAUCUUUCCUUUGUGAGCUGUAUUUCUAAUUUAGUUUGCCUUAUGAGAAAUAAAUAGUGUCCUCUAGUGACAGUCACAUAUAACUGCAUUUAUUUUUCAGCUGUAAUAUUGCCAGGUUUGAUCUCUAAUCUAGUUCAUAUGUGCAUUUUUGUGGGAACAGCCUUUCUGAAAUUAAAGCAAAUCAGUUUUCUACA